UCCCGUCCUGCUCUGCGGCGCAGGGGCAAGAUGGCUGCUGAGAAACAGGUUCCUGCAGGCGGCGGUGGUAGCAGCAGCGGCGGUAGCGGUGGUGGACGCGGUGCCGGAGGAGAGGAAAAUAAGGAAAACGAACGGCCUUCAGCUGGAUCGAAGGCAAACAAAGAAUUCGGAGAUAGCCUGAGUUUGGAGAUUCUUCAGAUUAUUAAGGAAUCCCAGCAGCAGCAUGGUUUACGGCAUGGAGAUUUUCAGAGGUACAGAGGCUACUGUUCCCGUAGACAAAGACGUCUUCGGAAAACACUCAACUUCAAGAUGGGGAACAGACACAAAUUCACAGGGAAAAAAGUAACUGAAGAUCUUCUGACUGAUAACAGAUAUUUGCUUCUGGUUCUGAUGGAUGCUGAGAGAGCCUGGAGCUAUGCCAUGCAGCUCAAACAGGAAGCCAACACUGAACCCCGAAAACGGUUCCACUUGUUAUCUCGCCUACGCAAAGCUGUGAAGCAUGCGGAGGAGUUGGAACGCUUGUGUGAGAGCAAUCGUGUGGACGCCAAGACCAAGUUGGAGGCUCAGGCUUACACAGCUUACCUCUCAGGAAUGCUGCGGUUUGAACAUCAAGAAUGGAAAGCUGCCAUCGAGGCUUUUAACAAAUGCAAGACUAUCUAUGAGAAGCUGGCCAGCGCUUUCACAGAAGAGCAGGCUGUGCUGUACAACCAGCGUGUGGAGGAGAUCUCGCCCAACAUCCGCUACUGUGCAUAUAACAUUGGGGACCAGUCAGCUAUCAAUGAACUCAUGCAGAUGAGAUUGAGGUCUGGGGGCACUGAGGGUCUCCUGGCUGAAAAAUUGGAGGCCUUGAUCACUCAGACUCGAGCCAAGCAGGCAGCCACCAUGAGUGAAGUGGAAUGGAGAGGCAGAACGGUCCCGGUGAAGAUCGACAAAGUGAGGAUCUUUUUACUGGGAUUGGCCGACAAUGAGUCAGCCAUCGCCCAGGCUGAAAGUGAAGAGACCAAGGAGCGUCUGUUUGAAUCCAUGCUCAGUGAGUGUCGGGACGCCAUCCAGGCCGUUCGGGAAGAGCUCAAGCCAGAUCAGAAACAGAGAGAUUAUAUCCUUGACGGGGAAUCGGGGAAGGUAUCUAAUCUUCAGUACCUGCACAGCUACCUGACUUACAUCAAGCUGUCAACAGCAAUCAAGCGGAACGAGAACAUGGCUAAAGGCCUGCAGAAGGCGGUGCUGCAGCAGCAGCCGGAGGACGACAGCAAGCGCUCCCCCCGGCCCCAGGACCUGAUCCGGCUCUAUGACAUCAUUCUUCAGAAUCUGGUGGAAUUGCUCCAGCUUCCUGGCUUAGAGGAGGACAGAGCCUUCCAGAAAGAGAUAGGCCUUAAAACUCUGGUCUACAAGGCUUACAGGUGUUUCUUCAUCGCUCAGUCCUAUGUGCUGGUGAAGAAGUGGAGCGAAGCCCUUGUCCUGUACGACAGGGUCCUGAAGUACGCAGAUGAGGUGAAUUCUGAUGCCGGAGCCUUCAAGAACAGCCUAAAGGACCUGCCUGACGUGCAAGAGCUGAUCACGCAAGUGAGGUCGGAAAAGUGCUCUCUGCAGGCGGCCGCGAUCCUGGAUACAAAUGAUUCCCACCAAACAGAGACCUCUUUUCAAGUCAAGGACAAUAAGCCCCUGGUCGAACGGUUUGAGACAUUCUGCCUGGACCCUUCCCUCGUCACCAAGCAAGCCAACCUCGUGCACUUCCCGCCGGGAUUCCAGCCCAUCCCAUGCAAGCCUUUGUUCUUUGACCUGGCCCUCAACCAUGUGGCUUUCCCACCUCUUGAGGACAAGUUGGAGCAGAAGACCAAGAGUGGCCUCACUGGAUAUAUCAAGGGCAUCUUUGGAUUCAGGAGCUAACCAGGCUUUUCCUUGGGGGCAGGGGGAGAUUCUGACUCUUAAUCUGUAUUGUGAGAAAACCCCAGCAGCUUCCAUGAUAUUAAAUCCAGGUCUGCAUUGGCCCAGGGCAGAAGUUUAACAUCCUCAACCCUGCAUUCCUAUGUCUUGUGUGUUUGUACACUUCCAUUCUUAACCAGGGUGCUAGAAGGGCACCCUGUUGUCUUCUGAUAAAUAUGUGUGGGAUCCUGUGUCUGUCCCCUGCAGGAGGGGCCCCUGCCAUCUGGUCUCAUGUGAGCCUUUGGUCAGUAAUGUGGUCGUGGGGGUCCACACCAGGCACAGAUUGGGGCUGGGAAUGUUCUGUCGUGUUUCUUCAGUCCCAUGGAUUUGAAAUGAACUCAUUCUUGCUGUGAGCAUCCAGAAUCCCUUGAAGAGUUUGUCCGUGACUAGGAAGCGUUGGCAGCCUUACUCCCCUUCACCUCCCAGUGAAAGUUAAGAAGUUUCAGAACAAGCAAAGCUCUAUUUUUAGAAGAAAUAUGUUACGCUCAGAAAUAAUGAAAACAAAUCUUAUAUUAAAAGGCGAAGAUGCUGGACCCUGUGCCCGUUCUUUGCACAUCCUCAUUCACGUCUGGGCCCAGCUCUCUCCUCUGGAACCUUGUUGCGAGAUCCUGUCGUCACGUGGAUCCUGACUUCCUGGCAACGUGGGUGUGUCCGAUGCCUGAUAAGAGCGAUAGAGGCACUGUUUCUGAAGAGUUCCCAACCUGCAGUUUUUAGAUGCCAUUGUAUUUUCAUCACUUCCCUUCCUUACCCUUUAUUUUUUCUUCGUCACUCAUUUUUAUUUCUAUUAUAGCAUCAAUAAUAGGAGUCAAAAAAGUAAUGUCAGAAAGCAAGGAAUAAAAGUGACUUAAACAUGA